AUGUCAGUGUUGUCAUCAGGACUGGGACCAUACAGGAUUCAGUUGAAGAAUGUCACUGAAGUGACCAUGUUUACAUUGUUGGGCUUCACAGAUGAUUUUGAGCUGCAAGUCUAUCUCUUUUUACUGUUCCUUGCCAUCUACAUUUUUACUCUGGUAGGAAAUUUGGGAUUGGUUUUAUUAGUCUUGGUAAGUUCCAGACUCCACAACCCCAUGUACUAUUUCCUGAGUGUAUUAUCUUUCUUAGAUGCCUGCUUUUCUUCAGCUGUCACCCCAAAAAUGUUGGUUAAUUUCCUAUCAGAGAAUAAGGGCAUUUCAUUCCUUGGAUGUGCUACACAGAUGCUGUUCUUUCUUACUUUUGGGACCACAGAAUGUUUUCUGUUGGCAGCCAUGGCAUAUGAUCGCUAUGUAGCAAUCUACAACCCACUGCUCUAUUCAGUUAACAUGUCACCCAGAGUCUAUGUGCCACUCAUCACUGGGUCUUAUGUUGCUGGUAUUUUGCAUGCCACUUUGCACACAGUAGCAACUUUUCGCCUCCCCUUCUGUGCAUCCAAUGAAAUCAGACAUGUCUUUUGUGAUAUCCCCCCACUCCUUGCUAUCUCCUGUGCUGACACUCACAUCAACCAGCUUCUACUCUUCUACUUUGCAGGUUCUAUUGAGAUAUUCACCAUCCUAAUUGUCCUGAUUUCCUAUGGGUUCAUUUUGUUGGCCGUUCUGAAAAUACAUUCUGCUGAAGGGAGGCGAAAAGUGUUUUCCACUUGUGCCUCUCACCUCACUGGAGUGUCAAUUUACCAUGGAACAAUCCUGUUCAUGUAUGUGAGGCCAAGUUCCAGCUAUGCUUUGGACCAUGACAUGAUAGUGUCUGUGUUUUACACCAUUGUGAUUCCCAUGCUGAAUCCCAUCAUCUACAGCUUGAGGAACAAAGAUGUAAAAGAAGCAAUGAAAAAAUUAUUUGAGAGAAAUUUGACCAUAAACAAAGUACAUUUUUAG